AUGUCUGGCGAAUUGAUUAAUGUUGUAAAUGUUUACGCUCAAAAUGAUGCGGUUGAAAGAAGGGGCCUGUGGGUGGAUUUGUUGGAAGUUAAAAUGUCUAUGGAUGGGUUAUGGUUGUUUUUAGGGGACUUUAACGACGUCUGGGUUCCGGAGGAGCGUAUUAACUCAGAAUUUAUUGCCCUCAAUGCAAAUUUUUUUAACCAGUUCAUUGCAGAUGCAGAAUUACUUAAGUACCAAAUGGGGGGCAGGAAAUUCACGUAUCACUCAGAUAAUGGGAUAAAAUGUAGCAAGUUGGAUAGGGCUUUGGUGUGUAUAAACUUUAUGACGAAGUGGCCAAUGGCGUCUUUAUUGGCUCUGUCGAAUGAGGUGUCGGAUCACUGCCCAAUUUUACUAACAACAAUGUCCGUCGAUUUUGGGCCUAAGCCGACUCGGGUCUUUAAUUCAUGGCUGGAAAUCCCUGGCUUAAUGGAUUAUGAGGACCAGAUUUGCUCGGAAUUCACGUUUACAGGGCGGGCGGAUCUGGGUUUAGCUACUAAAUUGAAAUGGUUGAAAUUACAUAUGAAAAAGCGGGUGGCAAACUAUAAAGUGGCUAAUGAAGGAGUGUAUGCGGAGAAGUUGAUGAAAUUAGAGGCGUUGGAUUUCGAAGCUGAAAAUAGAAGUCUGUUGCCACAUGAACUAGAGUUGAGGGCUGAUUGUAAAGCUUUUAUUUUCGAGGCUGACAAAGCUAAAUUAAUGGACCUUCGCCAAAAGUCUAGAGUUCGUUAG